AUGACGUUAAGCCCUUGGACAAACGCGGACAUUCAACCCACGUCCAAUGGGUUUGUCGAGGGGCUACUCGAUGCAAACUGGACCCCAUCCAACCUCUCACCAUAUGAGAUAAAGGACACCGGCACACGGCUCGAUUUCGUGAUCACCGAGACAGUAUACGGCUACAGCUUCCACGACGUCACAAUAGUAAUGGCAUUCGUCGUACUGUUCAUGAACUUGGAGAGUGCCCUGAGACAUCUCCGCGACUCGCCCAUCCCGGAGGACCAAGACCUUCCGGUCUGGGUGGACGCCAUCUGCAUCAACCAGGAAGACUUGAAGGGGCGCAACGAGCAGGUCAGGAUCAUGCGUGAUGUCUACAGGAAGGCAAACCUGGUCAUUUCAUACCUCGGAGAUGGUGAUGUCAACACCGACUGGGCACUUGAGAAGUUCAGGCGAGACGACUUCUGGCUAGAUCUGCAGCGUGCGGCGGAUUUGGGCUCGUCCUCGGACCACCGCGUCGAGGUGAUCAGAGCGUCGGUCAUCAUGGCCAGAGACCUCGCGGAACGGGUAUACUGGAGCCGGGUUUGGAUCAUACAAGAGAUCAUGCUGGCAACGCAGGAUCCCGUUCUCGUCUGCGGCAGCCAGACACUCGUGUGGUCCGAACACAUUUUCUAUGCCGAUUCAAUCUAUCAAUGGGCCAAGACCAAUGUUACAACUCGAGAACACAUGGACGCCUACGCCAAUUUCUACGUUUUCACGCAUCCUCAUCUAUCAUUCCUCCCCAAACAGGGCAAGCCAGCUCAGACAGGGGCGACUGAAGAGUACUGGUCGCGCACGCGCAAACUCAUCAAAGAAAACGGCCACGCUCCUUUAUCUUAUCUGUUUUACAGUCGCUUCUUAGAGAAAGAAGCGUCUUGCAAGUCCGACUACGUUUAUGGACUCCAUGGGCUCUUGCCACAGGGGAAGAGGGACAUGAUCGAGAUCGAUGACUCGAGGCCGCCAACAAAGGUCUUUCACGCACCUAUCGGACCUGACGCGCCUGCGUCUCCCGUCGGCGCCGAGCGCAGUGGCACUCUGUUACUCGGCCUUCAUUGUCCGAUUGUUCGCCUAGCACCAAACAUACUUUCUUUCAGCGACGCCACGCUCAUGCCGCGCGUAUUUCAUAACGCUGCUGAUAAGCCCGCGUUCUAUGGAUCCUUGAUGUUUGGCAAGACAGCUGCCAUACUCCAGUCCCUCCCUCACCAAGACCACCACGCGAAAAAGCGGUUGGUAGCACCAUGCGAACAGGAUCUGAAAAAUCAACGCCUUUUCUUUGACGGACUGUCUAGAAAUGACCUCAAAGCCGAGGUCAUAAUAUUUACAGCGGCCAGUAUUGACGGUGUAGCGGCAUUCAUCUCCGCCUUCUUUGACAACUUGCUCACCAAUCCCGAGGUCUAUGCUCGCAUCGUGGACGAGAUUCAAGCAGCAGAUCGCGCCUGCAGACUAUCACAAGGCGUCGUCAUGUACGAGGAGACGACUCGGCUGCCCUUCUUCAUGGCCUGCAUCAAGGAGACGCUACGCCGCGACUCCCCAGCGCAGACCAUCCUUCCGCGCCUGGUGCACGUCCCUCCGGGUACGCUGAUGGGGGCGAGCCCCUACAUUGUCCACCGCGACGAGGCCGUAUUUGGGGCCGAGCCCGAGAAGUGGAGGCCUGAGCGCUGGAUCCAGGAGGAAUCUGGCAUGGGACCAAGAGAGCACCAAGAGUACGUGAAGGGGAUGGAGAGGUACGGCCUCUGGUGGGGUUAUGGUGCCCGAGAGUGUGCUGGCAAGUACCAUGCGCAGAUGGAAAUGCAGAAGCUGUGCGUUGAGUUGCUCAGGCGCUUCGAUAUACGCAUUCCGACGACUGGCCGGCGGCUAUCACAAGCAAAGUGGGCAGUCGCGAUGUUCUGGAACCAGCAGCUCAUAUUCCGGGCUCGACAAGCGUCAGUCUCCUGA